AGAGACGCAACAGACUGAGCAGCAGAAGAGAAGAGCAUGCAAUGAGAGCGCUGUCCUGACCCAAACCUCCGACUCACAAACUCAAACCCCGUGUUUGCAUGUGUUUGAUUCCCAACUUUAAGAGAAGGACGUGGUGUAGUUGUAUAAAUGUAGUUUUUAUUCCCAAUUAACUGUGAAACUCUAGACAGAUUUAACAGCUUUUAUAAAGUUCUCAUCAGCACUGAGGAUGCGCGACAGAAUGACGGGACUUUCUACGCGGAACAGACGCCCUUUGGAUGUUUUUGUGUGUUUGUGUUUGGUUUCUUUGGCUUAUUCCUUCAACAUUGACUUGCAACACACCUUGGUGUUCCGAGGACCAAAUACGACGUUUUUUGGAUAUUCAGUCUUGGAGCACGUACAUGACAACACACGCUGGAUUGUGGUCGGGGCUCCCAGAGCCAACUCAUCAUUCAGCAGUUCAGUUCAGUCGCCCGGAGCCAUAUACAAGUGUCGGAUCCGCAACAACCCAGAGCAGCGCUGCACUGAGAUGGACCUCGGCAGAGGAAAUAAGCAGAGGGAGUCCUGUGGGAAGACGUGUCAAGGCGACAGAAAUGACGAGUGGAUGGGGGUCAGUCUGGCUCGACAGGACAAACCCAAUGGCAAAAUUCUGGCCUGUGCUCACCGCUGGAAGAAUGUAUACUAUGAAUCGGAGCAUAUCCUCCCUCAUGGAUACUGCUCCGUCAUCCCAGCCACUCUCCAGGGCAAGUCACAGCCUCUCAUUCCCUGUUAUGAAGACCAUAAAAAGACCUAUGGGGAAGAACACGGCUCGUGCCAAGCCGGGAUCGCAGGCGUUUUCACUGAGGAGCUGGUUAUCAUGGGUGCACCUGGAUCUUACUACUGGACCGGAACGGUCAAAGUGUUUAACAUGACAUCCAAUACUCACUACAACCUAAAUCAAGACAACCUGAGUCCUCACAGAUACAGUUACCUCGGGUAUGCUGUGACAGCUGGUCACUUCUCCUCACCGAAUACCAUAGACGUGGCGGCUGGUGCUCCUCAAGACAGUGGUGGUGGAAAAGUUUACGUCUUCAGAAUCGAAGGGACGUCUCUUGUGAAGACCUUUGAAGCCUCAGGGAAAAUAAUGGGCUCUUACUUUGGCUCCUCAUUGUGUGCAGUUGACCUAAACGCGGACGGACUGUCGGACUUGCUGGUGGGAGCACCCAUGCACAGCGAGAUCCGGGAUGAAGGCCAGGUUUCUGUUUACCUCAGCAGUGGUAACGGAGUGAUGGAGGAAGUUGCAAUAUUAAAUGGUGACAAUGCAUACAAUGCUCAUUUUGGAGAGUGUAUCACUUCUCUUGGGGACAUUGAUGACGAUGGCUACCAAGAUGUAGCUAUUGGAGCCCCCAAAGAGGAUGACUAUGGAGGAGCGGUCUACAUCUACCACGGUGAUGCUACAGGAAUAGUUAAGAAAUACUCAAUGAGACUGUCUGGGCGAAGCAUCAACCCCACCCUCCAAAUGUUCGGCCAGUCGAUUUCCGGCAAUGUGGACAUGGAUGGAAACGGAUAUCCAGAUGUGACGAUAGGGGCGUUCAUGGCUGACAGUGUGGUUUUGUUAAGAUCCAGGCCGGUGAUCUCUGUAGACGUCUCCAUCUUCCUCCCCGUCUCGAUAAACAUCACAGUACCGCAGUGUCACGAGGGCCCUCAGCAUCUCAACUGCUUCAACGUCAGCAUCUGCAUGAGCUUUCGAGGAAAACAAGUACCUGGCCACAUAGAGCUGCUGUACAAUCUAACGGCAGAUUCAGAUAAGAGACACAGAGGUCUGCCGGUGCGGGUGUAUUUUGGAAAUGGUGGAGAGCAGACAGGUGCUGUAAGUCAGCGUUUCAGCCUGGAGAUCAACCGACCGCAGUGCCAUCACUACACGUCCUUCGUGAGGAAAGAAGUGAAGGACGUGUUUGCUGCCAUCGUGUUUGAAGCAGCCUACAGCUUAGGAAAACACAUUGUGGAUGGACACCAGGACCGUGAUCUUCCCUCGCUCUCUCCUGUUCUACGCUGGAAAAAAGGAGAGAAGAUCGCUGCAAAGAACGAGACGUGGUUUGAGAAGAACUGUCUGUCAGAAGACUGCGCCGCUGACCUGAGGCUUCGUGGGAAACUGCUGCUUUCUGGGCGUUACAUCAGUUCUCGUCUUGCUCUUGGUGGAGUGAAAAACGUGUCAUUAAAUGUAACCAUCUCUAAUGCUGGAGAUGAUGCCUACGACACCAACAUCUACUUCAACUUCUCCAGAGAGGUUCACUACAUUAACUUCUUACAAAGAGAAGAGAAGGGCAUUUCCUGUAUGCUGGUAGACCUGGACUUCCUCAAGUGCAGUGUUGGAUUUCCUUUCAUGAGAGCGCAAACCAAGUACCAUCUAUCAGUGCUUUUCGACACGAGUCGUCUGUCCGGUGAAAAUGAGACGCUGCUAUUUUUAGUUCAUGCUAAAAGUGCCAAUCCAGAACAUGAUAGCACUCUUCAUGAUAACACAUUGGAGCUGUCCAUACCUCUGGUUCAUGAGGUGGACACAACAAUCACAGGUGUGGUCACACCUACAUCUUUUGUGUAUGGAAACUCAGUGGACCGAUCGCGCUUCCUUCAGCUGGACGACAUGGAGUGCAGCUUUCAGCCGCUCAACUUCACCUUUCAGGUGAUAAACAAUGGGCCGAGCAGACUUCCAGGCUCCACCGUGGACAUCAGGAUACCCAACCGCAUGGCUGGUAACGGAGCAGAUAUGUUCCAUAUCAUUGACACACAAGUAUCUGAAGGACGAGGGAACUGCACGUGGCACAGGAACCCCAAACCCUGCACAAUCCCUCACGACAAGAAGAGCAUCUUCCACACCAUUUUUGCAUUCUUCACCAAAUCAGGCAGAAAAGUUCUGGACUGUGACCGGCCUGGCAGAGCGUGUCUUACUAUUUCCUGCAGUCUGAGCUCUCAGGCCAAAGAGGAAGCUACGAGUAUAGAUGUGCAAAUGCUACUGAACACUGAAAUACUACAGAAGGACAGCUUCUCUGUGAUCCAGUUUGUGACACGAGGUCACGUCCAGCUGGACGACAGGGCCGUGGAGGUCUCGACCGGACUCCCAGAGGAGAUUUCUCUGGUGUUUGAGGCUCUUCACAGUCAGGAGCCCAGGGGAUAUGUGGUGGGAUGGAUCAUCGCCAUCAGCCUCCUCGUGGGAAUCCUCCUCUUCCUGCUGCUGGCCGUGCUGCUCUGGAAGAUGGGAUUCUUCAGGAGGCAUUACAGAGAGAUCAUAGAGGCCGAAAAGAACAGGAAGGACAGCGAUGAAAGCUGGGAUUGGGUCCAGAAGAGCCAAUGAAAGCUUGGAUUGGGUUCAGAAAAUCCAAUAAGCUGCUACCUUCACCCCGGCUCUCUCCUAAGACCCAGACCCUCCAGCCUUCCAUAUGUGGAAGAAAAGAAUAUUCUCCAGAUUUUUCGGAGGUUUGACACUUUUUGUUUGUCGUUGAUGGUGAUCUAGCUGAUGUUGGAGGUGAGCGUGUGGCCUGCCAGAAGAGACUCGCAGUGGAAUCCCAAUGAUCUCAAUGGGACAGGCCUCCUGCCGAGACGGAAAGAGAGACUUCCUGGAACGAAUGUGGAUAUUGUGUCAAUACUAGCAGACAAUUACAACCCUCAGGGCGCUGUUGAAAAGCAAAAAUUUAUUUUUUAUAAAAUGUAUUCCAUACUGUAUAGAAGAGAGCUUCAAGAGUUGUUUUUAAAGCACUGAUGACUGACACAUGCCAAAGAGUUUUCAGAUGAACCUUGAAGAUGGAUUGUACAUAUUUUUCCCUUCCAGAUUUUAACUUACAAAGAAUGCAAAGCAAAAGUUGGUGUCCUUCAUUCAUACAUCUCAUAAGUUAAAUGUUGCAUGAACAAAAGAAAAGAGGAGAUGCAAACCAAAGUUGUUAUCGCUCGAGUUGUUAAAGGAGAAGUUAACCAAAACUAAUUUUUGCUGAAAAUGCACUCAUCCCCAGAUGAUACAAGAUGUAGAUGAGUUUGUUUCUUCAUCAGAACAGAUUUUACAUCAGUGUCCCAAUGCACUGAAUGGGUGCCGUCAGAAUGAGAGUCCUAACAGCUGAUAAAAACACCAAAAUAAUGCCUUGAUGAUUUUUUUAUUUACAAAUGCAGUUUUUUACUUCACCAGACUGGUGUGGUGUUGAUUACGCUGCUGUUUUUAUCAGCUGUUUAGACUCUCAUUCCGACGGCACCCAUUCAUCACACAACGGGAUGGAAUGCCACAUUCUCCAAAUCUGUUCCCAUAAAGACAUAAACUCAUCCCAAUCUUGGAUGGCCUGAGGAUGAGUACAUUUUCAGACAGUUUUCAUGUCAGUCCAGUUAGAACAGAAAGAGAAAACCAAAUACGUUCUCAUGUUAAACAUCUUCUGUUUAGUUCAUGUGAAAUUCACAGCUUGUACUGCACUGGAUCUUGACCCCACUGAAAGAUGCAUGUUUUUCCAAAAGAAAAGAUUCUGUCUCCUUAAAUCUUUCACAAAAUAGAUGAACUUUUACUGACUUUUUUUGUAUUCCCUUCCACCAACCACCUGUAAAUCAGAAGCUGUUCACAGUCGAAUCAUUUCUUUGCGUAGUGAUGUUAAAAGUUCAGAGUUAAGAGCUGCAUUGUCGGUUUGCAUGUCUGUGCUUUCUGAGGACUGAGGAGUCACAGGCGCAGCGAAAAACAGCUGUCUGUUGAUGAGACGACCACCCAUUAGCAGCUUUACCGGAUUUAUUCUUCAUAUUUCAGUGCAAAAUUCACUUAUUUUGGAUAUAAAUAAGAUACCCAACAUGCAUUAACUGGGUGGUGAAAAUAAAUAGACGACAAGAUUGUAAUAUAGUUUAGCACUGCAGGAGCACCAGCAGAAAGACUUACUCCAUUGCCCCUUGAAACGGAGGUUCAAUCUAAUCGUCGUAAUGGAUGAAAUCAAAUCCCACCCUACAAAUUUUCCUUGUUUCUCUUACAAACUCCAUAAUUGGUUGACCUCCGUCUUAGAUCUCAAGAUAUACAUUUUAGACGUAAUGCAAGGAACACAUUCCAAGUACAAAAACACUUUAAUCUGCCAAAUAUUCCCCCCAAAAAUCCUACAGCAUGUUUAUAAUUAUUAUUCUACAGAAAACUGACAACAUAUAUUGUCUCCUGCUUUUUAAAGGGAUAGUUCACCCAAAAAUUCUGUCAUUAAUUACACACCCUAAUGUCGUCCCAAACCUGUAAGACCUUCAUGAAGAUAUUUCUGAUGAAAUCUGAGAGCUCUUUGACCCUCCAUAGACAUCAAGGCACAGAAACAUAGUAAGGACAUUGUUAAAAUAGUCAGGAAAAUGAAACGUAAUUUAAAGUUUUGGGUGAAGUAUCCCUCUAACAAGUCCUCUAAUAAGUCUUUUUGAAGUUCAGACUGCAAUGGUCCAAGUUUGAGCCGUGCAGGGUCUGCAGUGUGUAAUGGCCUAAAAAUAGGUGGGAAUGUGCAGUACUUCAUCACUGGGCACAAACUCGUAGUUUGGAGCUUAUGGGAACAGCUUGUUUUAAGUCAACAUUUUGGACUUCACUCAGAGCGCAGCUUCAACAUGAGCUGUUUUCUGUCAGACUUUACAAGGAGCUGUUUUAUUCAGUGAACUUGGUUCUUGUUUUUUGGCAUUUUCCUCUUAUUUUAGAGGGUUCAUUUGAAAGAAACCCAUUUCUUUGAUGUUAACCAACUGAUCAGUAGCUUUACAAUUUGAUAUUAGAUGAUCGCUGGAAGAUUCUCCAAAAAAUAUCUUGUAUUAUUUGAUCAAUAAUCACCACUGGCACGGCAAAUCCACGUCUGCAUUUUAUAUCCGUCCCAACACCAGAUUCUAGCAUAGGUGUGUUUCAGAGAAACACAUACUUGACAUUAUAAGUGUGUAACCUAACUGUGAGUGUUGUUGCCUUUAUCACCUAUUUUGAGCAUUUUAGAAUAAACUACUGUCACUGAUGUUUUAGAUGUAAUUGAGAAAUAUGUUUGUUGUACAAGCUCAAGCUGUAUAUUUAUCUACUGAAACUGCUUUUUUAAAAUUAAAUAUCACAAACAGA